GCGCCGGCGGUACAGUAGAUUAGAACGCUGCAUGCACCAUUUGCCCGCCAGUUCGCAAGUAAUAAACAAAUAGAAUUACCAUAGUUAUCAUGUGUAAUACAGAAAAAAUUAUUGAAAACGUGCGUGAGCAACCAAUUUUAUAUGAUUUAUCUCAUAGUGAAUAUAAGAAUACAAAAAAGAAAGACAAAAUAUGGGACGAAAUUGCAAUGUCUGUUGGUGAAAUGACUGGAGAUGAACUGAAAAAGAAGUGGAAGAACCUACGGGAUUCUUAUGCUAAAUUUUUGAGAACUGAAAAAACAAAAUCUGGACAGGAAAUGAAAAAUUUAGAUCGAUAUAAAACCUGGCCGUGGGCUCAACAAAUGGAAUUUUUACGAAAGUCUUUGUCAUUUGCCAAGACACACACAAACAAAAACAUAUUACCGGUAAGCCAAUCAGCCGAAUCAUCCCAGCUAAGAGAAGACACAAAUCACGACCAAUUGAACAAUCAUGAACCGGUUGAACAGGUAACGGUUGCUGAGAAUAUUCCUGCAAUUAUGGGUGAUACUGAAGAAAACCAAUUAAAAAAGCGACAGGUGUAUUGCGAAGUAAAACAACCAGAGAAAAAGAAGAAAACAAUGGUUAAUUCCCAAGGAUCAGCUGUUGAGCAGGUAAUUUGUUGCCUGCAUCAAAAUAGAGAAAACUUAGCAGCUGAUGAUAUUGACGACAUAUUUAAAGGAUAUGCAAAAACUGUCAAAAAAUUUUCAAAAAAACGACAAGCAAUUGUAAAAUUUAAGAUGUCGCAAUUAAUAAUGGAAAAUGAGUUGGCGCAGCUUGAAGAAGAGGAGCAGCAUGCUCUCAAUGCAAAUACUUCAACAUCUUUGACAUUAGCGUAACUAGCAAUUUAUCCUGGGGUGAGCCUGGGAGGGGGGCCUGGGGUUGAGCACAGG